ACCCAGUGUCUGAAACAUAAAUCAAAGUUGCCUCUGCAUGACAGCUCUGUGGGACCAGCCUCUUUAUUGCCACAGUUCACAUUAAGGCAGCACCAUGGGUGCCAAGCGACCAAAGGCCAGGAGCCUGGAGGAGCCAGUCCUCAGCACAGCUGGAAGCGACCCACCAAGGAGCGGGGAGACAUCUUAGCUUCCCUCAUGUUGAAGUCAGGGGACAGGCUAAGUCGUAGUGGGAGCCACCCGCCACCCUACCAGCGCCGCAUUGGCAUGAUCAAGGAGAUGAUGGCUGAUGGCCAAACAGUGGCAAAACAGGACGAGGCCACAGAGAUGCUGAAGACCCUCCGACAGGACCUGGGCAUGGAGUCAACAUCACUGGAUGAUGUCUUGUACCGCUACGCCAGCUUCAGAAACCUGGUUGAUCCCAUCACCCACGACCUGAUUAUCAGCCUGGCACGAUACGUCCACUGCCCCAAGACGGAGGGAGACUCUCUUGGGGCGAUGGAGAAGGUUUGUCGUCAGCUGACCUACCAUCUCAGCCCCCACUCUCGAUGGAGGAGACAGGGCCUGCUCAAGAGGAAACCUCAGGCUUGUCUGAAGGCAGUGCUGUCAGCUCCUCUCUCCAGCGGGGCGUUGGAUCUUUCCGGCAUCCCUCUGACAGCUCGGGACAUGGAGCGUCUGUGCGCACACCUGCAGCGCCACGCGUCUACUGUGAUCAGCCUGGAGCUGGGCUUCACCGAGCUCACAGAUGAGGCUUUCCUCCUGCUGCUGCCCACACUGGCCUCUCUGCCACACCUGGAAACCCUGGCACUGAAUGGAAACAGGCUGACCAGAGCGAUUCUGAAGGAGCUGACUGACGCCCUGAAGGAUCCGGGCAGUUUCCCGAGUGUGACGUGGAUUGACCUGGGCAACAAUGUGGACAUCUUCUCCCUGCCGCAGCCCUUCCUGGUCAGCCUGAGGAAGCGCUGCCCCAAGCAAGGCAACCUGCCCACCAUCCUGGAGUUCGGAGAGAGCCAGGCCAGCGACCCUCCCGAAAGGCUGCGGGGUCUUGGGGAAGAGGAGGAAACAGACGACACGAACCGGACUGAGAGCAUGGGCGAGCUCCGCUCAGAAGUGGAGGAAGAGAUGGAUGGAGAGACGGAGAUAGAGGAAAUGAUGGAAGAGCUGCUGGACUUUGACAGGGAGGUGCAGGGGAAGGAGGACGAGGAGGAGAGCAUGUGGACGGUAGGGGAGCACAGGAAAGGAGGAGCAAGGAGAAGAGAGAGAGGAGGGGAAGAGGAGGAGGAGGAGAAGGUGAAGGAGAAGGUGGUGCAGAGGAGACAGGAGCGCCCAAGGAGGAGGACAAGGGCAGUGAUGGCAGAGUACGAGGAUGACACGCAGAGUUGUUCAAGCCAGUCUCAACACUCGUCUGGGGCCGUGGAGCCAAUGAGAGUUGAGGAAGAUGACUUCACCGACCAAUCAGAACACUUGACCUGAUCGGUACCCCGUGCUCGGCUUCUGUUUAACUUCUUGUGUCAACUUCUGUGUGAAAGGAGGCGAGCGCAUUCUGCUGCUAAAAGGCUGCAGUGCUGCAUGGAAUCCAUAUGAACAUGCCACUCGAUGCUCCUCCACAGAUCUGACCAACCACAGCCUUCAGACACUGAUGGAGAGGCUGCUGAACCCGGACUGAAACUCAAGAAGCCAAUCCCCAACAGGAAGUGUGUUUUAUCAUAGCUGUCUGUUGUUUGAAGUCCUAAUAGACCACAGAUGCUACUUCAUAGCAUAGACUGAUAAAUUAUAUCACGUGAGGCUUUUAUGUAUAGAAUGUUAAUCUAUAUUCAGGUCCUUCUUCCUUGUAAUCCCAGUAAUACCUACAUGUGCCUGUAACACGCCCCAUUACUGGUUAAAGCAGAAACUAAUCAUGGCCUUUUUAAAGAAAUGUUUUUGCCAAAAAACUGCAGGUUGAACUGUGUAAAAGAUCCACAUGGGUCAAUGGCCAGCCAGACAGAUCGGAAGAUCUCAUUGGUAGAAACCGGUUGCUGCUUAAGAAACGAACAGAUGCACUGUGUUUUAGUGGAGCAAUGAGUGAGACCGGGAAAAAAAAGGUCCUGUUUCCAAGGCUGUGUAAGGGAGCGUGGGCUAAGAUGAGCCAUUUUUUACUGAGUCAGUCUAUAGAUAAGAGGAUUAUUAACUUCAGGAUAGUAUCUGUCAACUGAAAACUUAUCAGCAGCAGCUCACUCAAACAGACAACAGAUAUGUGAUCCCAAAAUGUGGCAAGUUGAGCUGAUAAUAGAUGAUGAGCCAUCUGAGGAAAAUUACUACGAAUUAGAUCUCAUAUUCCGCAGAUGUGAGUGGUGGUCAUUAAAUAGACAUUACAACUAAUUAGUCCGUAGCUCUGAAAGAUGAAGAUGCUUUGCAAACCAUCUUAAGAAAUACAUUUGAAUGAAAGUUUUGUCGUUUUGAGGGCAUUAACAUCCACGCAUCUUUUUGUUUUUCACAUUUGCUUUACAGUUGUGGCCAAAGGUUUCGGCAGUGGCACAACUGCCAAUAAUUUGCCAAUAAAAGACUUUGAAACUUAUGAAUACCUUGUGAUUGUUCUUCACUAUAUCAUUGAAACAUGUGGAAAAUAAUCUAAAAAGUCUAAAAACAAACUUUGCGCUACUGCCGAAACCUGAAGUGAGCAUGAUUAUAUACUUGGAUAAGUUGGUGUUACUUAAAGAAAAUAUGCAAACUCACUGCCUCAAACAGUUUAUGUAAUGCAAACCUAAGUUGAAUAAGAUAUACUAACACUAAUCCUUUUUUUCUAAGUUUGCAGUACUACAGGAGACUAAAUUAUCUGCUCCUUAUACAGUAUAACAAAGUAAUAGAUUUGAUUUUAAGAUAAACAGACUGAGGUUUCUGACAUAUUCCUGUGUUCCAUACAACGUACAAUUACAGGAGCACUGAUUUUAUCAACACACGUCCAAACCAAUCAAAAUCGAAACACAACAUCAUAUCCAUGUUUCCAUAAGUCUUUUGCACUUCUUAUUGCAGUUGUGCUCUGUAUUCAAUGUUAGUAACUAGGUAAUAACUAAAUGCACUACUAUACUGUCAGUAUGCUGGAACAAAGUACAGUCAGCUCAACAUAACAAAUAAACCUCAAAAACUAUUACAAAUUAGGUUAAAUGCAUUCAUUUAAAGUAAUUAAGGACAUUUUGAUAUUUUUGACAGGCAAAAAAAAUUAUUUUUAUUUAUUUAUUUAUUACUUGAUCUACCUGAUUCUUCCUCCACAGCAAGAUGACAAUGGAAAACUAAAUUUAGGGGUCACAUGACUAGAUCGCAACUGAUAAAUCAGUGGGCCAAUAUCAUCAGCCAAUAUUAGCUGUUUGGCGAUCUAUUAGUAUUGGCAUUUACAACAGCCAAAAAAGUUACUUUAGAAAGUAAAGAGGAUGUGGAGGAAACACCCUUCAGCCAUGUGAUGUAUGCUGAUGUUGCAUAGUUUGUCCACCAGUGGGCACUCUAAGUCGGGCAAAUAACUUCAUAACGAAUGUUAGGGAAAGCUGUUUAUGUUUUGUGUACUUGAAAGGAAAAAAAAAAAUGUUCCAAUAUAUUGGAAAUAUUGGAUUUUUAAAUCACCAAAUAUCAAUAUCGUUGUUGGUCUUAGAAAUCCCAUUUCGAUUGGGCUCUACACACCAUAUGAAUUGUAUAUAGCUGCUCAGAUAUAGGUGGGAGGUGAACUUCCACAGGCUCAUCUUACCCCGCUGUCCCCCUACAGUGGGUAGAAGCGUUAACCUCAUUGCCAUGUGUCCCAAAGCAAAGUGCUGAAAUAUUUAGUAGCCUUUUUCCUCAUAAUCCAGGUCAUGUUUCGCACCACGGUGCUGUACACUAGAGUGCAUCGCAUGCUUACAGUGCCGUGUCUGUAUAUAGGUCGCUGCUAUGCUGUCCGCUGGGUUACAACACAAUAUCCUUAUGCAGUAUGUAGCUCUCACUCGGCUUGCGCUUUCCCUCCAUGAGUCACUUAUAAUCCCUGCAAAGCUUUAAUAAAUAAACUGUAUUUUUAGAUGUACAGUACAUAUAUAUAAAUGGAUUGUUUUUAUCUGGUAAUUUUUUAGAUUGUAGAUUAGCUCCUUCAUGAGUACUAUCACUGAAUUCAAUAUAUUUAAUGGUUUGCGAUAGCAGUAUUCAUGUACAUGAAUAACUGUUCAAAGCGGGAUGGAAUAGCUGAGCCUGACUGAUUGACAGACCAUUAAAGACCCAUUAUUUAAGGAGGAGACGCUGUCUAGGGGUAGAAUAUUAAAUGGGAGCAAAGUCUCACCUUAAAGCAGUCAAAAUUGCAAUGCAACUUUUUUUGUUCUCAGGCCGUGGCUCUAGGCGCUAACUGGAACUGUUUACGUGUGUAGCACAGCAAAUGAAGGCUUUUUGUGAUAUAUGGAGGCUUUGCAGUUGCAUCAUAAGUUAGCAUAAACACUGCUGAUACCAUGAUGGAGCUACCUUGAAUCACUGGCUGUAUUGAGUAAUGACUAACAGCAGGGGGUCUACAUAAUGUAACAGAAACCCUGCUCCCUGACAAAAGAAAAGAACUGGCUGCAGUGGUCACAAAAAAUCUCUAUUGUUAAUGCUUUGUAUUAUUUAUAUAGGUGUUCAUCUGAAAGGCUCUGAGAAGUGAGAGAGGCUCACACUGAUGAGGUCAUGAGACUGGGCUGAGGCUCUGAUGAACAGGAAGCAUGUGGACAGUUAAGUAUGAAGGAAGAGACCCAAUCCCAAUGUCCAAACUAUUAAACUUUGAAGUGUAUCCCACUGAGGGCGUGAGGGCUUAAAGUAGACUGAUUUUGCUUUUCCUUAUUUACUGUUACAUACAUAUAUACAAUGAUAGAUACUCAUAUUAAACAAAGUUUCAAAUAAUGAGGUCAGCAUAUAUAUGUAAGUAAUCCCUGUAAAAAAAGCUUGGGCUUCAGACUGCUCUAAACACUUAGAUUCAGACAUUUUUCUACUUAACUCUAUUAGAGUGGAUAUCCCUAAUAUGCUCAUUUCAGGCACACAACCCUGGCUGUGAGUGCACCCACCCACCUGUUGUUUAGGUCAGAUGUUUGUAAGAGCCAGCCAAUAAGAAGAAAGUGUAAAUAGCAAGGAAGGGCGCUAAAGUGGCUUAUUUCAGACAGAUGAACUGAGCAGCUGCUCUGAGACCCAGUAUAAGAUAAACAAAGACAGAGUACAGUAGAGUCCAAGAAUAAAAAUCUGAUGAUGGACAUGAGCAUAUGAGGUCCACCUGAAGGGCGGUCCCAAAGUGCACAAGGACUUUCCAGGCAUUUGGCUUCCCUUAUGCAUGCUUUCCAUAAGUUCACACAUCUGCAGUUUUUUUGCGUGAGGGAAUUACCCAUGCUUCAUGCAGUCAUUGGGCCAGGGUUUUACGGCUCAGUGACUUUAGAGCAGGGAUCCUCACAUCCAGGCCUCGAGGGCCGGUGUCCUGCAGGUUUUAGAUGUGUCCCCGAUCCAACACACUUGAUUGAAAUGGCUGAAUUACCUCCUCAGUAUGCAGCUAAGUUCUCCGGAGUCCUGCUAAUGACUUCUAUAUUUGACUCAGGUGUGUUGAAGCAGAGACACAUCUAAAACCUGCAGGACAGGGCCUGGAUGUGAGGAUCCCUGCUGUAGAGUAAUAAAUAGUAUGGCAACAUUAUUGCCAAAAAAGUGGUAGUUACCCAGUGAUUGCAUUGAAUCUUUACACAUUCGGUGACCAAUUGCAAGUAGUUGUGGUGACCAGCUGGUCUCCCAGCUGCAACCUCUGCGCAGCCACUUUUGAUCACAGGUUAUUGCACAGGUUGCCUGGUGGGAGGUGCCCUGUCUCCAAACAACCAAGUCCAGACUGAUUGCAGUCACUCUGAGACAGAUUGGCGAAGGUUUAAAAAUAAUUGCCAUUUUAUAAACCCAGACAGGCACAACUCAUCUGCGCCACAUCUCUUUGCAAUAAGGGACUCAUCUCAGCUGGUUGUAUUCUGGUUAUAUUCCUAUAUAAAAGCAAGGUGGCCAUGCACCUACAGCAUUUUGCAGUUAAAAUUAUGGACUGCAGCAACUGCAUUGCUAUAUGUGAAGCUAAUGUGAAUUUCUGUUUAAGGUGAAUUUCUGUGUAUGUAGAUGGCAACAGAAUUUCAAUUUUUGCCAGUUUCUCUAAAUUGCUGAAUUAUCACAAGGACAUUACAUGUAAUUGCCAACUUGACCCCAUUCAAUCAAUAGCAGACUGGCUCCAUCUUAUUGCUGUUUCAUUGCCAUCUUGAUGCACCAGAGUUGCUUUGAAAAUGGGAACUGACUGUGAGUGGUUGCAGACCUGGUCCCAGUCUUCAAAGCAACCAUUUCAAAAACAAAAAGGGAUUCUUGAGAAUGGCCAGAAACAGUAAAGCUGUGAAUGAAUUGCAAUGAAUUGAGAAGCUGGAGAUACAGCAAAAGGAGUUUGUGAUGGUCCAUGUGAUUCCUUGUUAUUAUUAAAAAAUAUAUAUAUAUAUAUAUUAUAGCCAUUUAUAUUUUAAAGUAAGAGUAAAGUAUUUUUACUCUGCAUAAUCCAAAAGUUUUAGCCGUUCAGUGAAUAUCGAUACAGAUCAAAUAAAUCUUACUGUGCCAUUUUCACUGAAUGAAUACCCCUCUGACUCAGCAUUUUAUACCAGAAACCUUGUCAGACUCACUAUGAACUCUUGAUAUUAUCUGUGAAUCUUCCUUCUGGGGAAAAAAAAAAAAAAACUGAAUCAGUUGUAUUGUCCACAAUACAGCUCAAGCAACAAAAGUUUACCCAGAGAUUUAGGUAUCUCAUGCCAAUAGCAGCUAAGGUACCCUUUAGAAGCUUGCCUUAAUAAGAAAUGAGGAAUUGGAUACAGGGGUCUUUUGAGCUCAUUCCCUUGGAUUCAUUUUCAGACCUUAAGCCUUCAGACCUAACAGCUGCCAACUCAAGCAACAUCAACUGAGGACAUCAUGAGCCUUCACCAAGGGCAAACCUUGAGGGCUAAAAAACAAAGCCAGAAGCCACAGUUCCUGGAGUGAUAACUGGUUCCAAAUGCAAACCAGUUCCCUUUGCCCCCAAUGCUAAACUUUACAACAGAAAGCAUGUUUACAGCCUGGUACAAAAAAACCCCACUUAACAUUGGUGGCUUCUAAAGAUUAGCUUCCUGCUAAACAUCACCUUACUGUAGUUAAUUCCCGUCACUGCAUUGGACCUCCUGACUGUGUUUGUGCUGUUGGUGCCUUUUGGAGCCUUUUUCUUGGAAUUAUCUGGAAAUUAAUGAGUUGCUGUGUGGCACAGGCUAGCUAGCAUUAGCUGAUAUCUUAACACUCCACCCUCUCGUCACUCCUUGCUCCAAAAAUCCAACACAACUACAGCCAAAAUACUAAUGUUGAAGUUUCAAAAUGCAGAGUCUACAAACCAAUGGGUGACAUCACAGUGGCUAUCGCCAUCUUUUAUAUAGACAGUCUAUGGCCUUCAUUAUUGAAACCAAAAAAAAAAGGAAAAAAAAGACCUGUACACAAACAUUAGUGUGCAAAACAAGUGCAGCUUCCCUUUAAUACCCAGCAGAUGUUUUUAAAGACAAGAAACCAAUGAAUAGCAUUAAAAUAAGCAAAUUCAGCCAUUUAGCAUAGACCUGCCCUCUGUGGUAUCUGUUUUGUCAGAGACUAUUAUACCGUAAUGUGCUCAGUAAUAAUAACAUGAUACUUAGAGGUAACCGACGUGUCACACAUUCAGCUAACAGCUCCCUUUUACCUCAUUAAUAUGAGGUAAAAGAAAUUCAGUGGUAAAUAAGUUUAAUCUAAUUGCAAAAAGGAACAUCCCUUUAAUCCACCUGAACAAGGAGCAACUAUUCUAUUGUUCCUGUAAAUUCACUUUAACUGCAGCUCAUUAAUAUGAACCCUUUAAACAGAGGCAGAUCUAAGGCAUGUGGGAUACUGAAGCAAUGUUGUUGAAGGCUGUCCUUGGCUGUCCCUAAAGCCGCAUUGGACUUAUUUUUAGCAAUUCUUUGUCUAUAUAGGGUGUCAAACAUUGAUUGUUGCACAGAGAGUUCAGACUGUGGUAUGUAAACCAUCCGCUGGCUUUCUGUACAGCUCGUGGUUUGGACCCCAUUCUUGAAGCUUGCAGACUCUAUUCUCAGCUUUACAGUGGCUGGAACAGGUCUGCAACUGACUGCAGAGAGUGGAGAUCAGAGCUAUGUGCACAUCCAUUUGUCUGCUUUUAUGUUAAGGUCAUGAGAAAUCAAAGUGAAGGGAUCCCAUCUGGAAUUAAGCUGAUAUAUUAAUUUGAAGUAUUUGAUCCGGGGGGGGGAUUGAAUACAUACAUGUCUAAAUAUUCUGCAAACUUGCUACCUGCUUGUGUCAGAAACUCACGUACUGCGCAGCUUGAAGCAAGCUCAUUCAAAUAGUGGCCGUGUGUUUUUAGUUCGGUGAUUUUCCCUACCAGACUGCUCUGACACAAACUGAUUGUGGCUUUCACCUUAUAGCGCUAUAAAUGCUUCCAGUGACUAACAGGAUGUGAAGAUGAUGUGUGUGUCUUGCUCAAGGACUCUUUUGAAUUUAAAGGUAUGGGUAUCUGUAGCCUUGAAUCUUUCAUGAUUCUUUCCUCUGUAUGUAUUUCUCAAUCUACAGCAUACCUCUAUGAUAUUCUCUGUGUUCCAUUUGUCCCAAAGUUCGUUUGUUUGCCAUUUUAUCAAGGUGAUCCAUUUAAAGGAAAACUCUUUGCAUUCAUUCAAAUUUAAGAUGAAAUUGUAAAACCUAAUCAUCUGUUGUUUUGCCAUGGCUCCU